AUGUCACAAAAGCUACCCGUAGUCUGGGAACCCCGUGAACAGGAAGAGUUUAUUGACAUGAAAGAGGGAGUCGAAAAACAAAAUUUGGAUAAAAAUGAAGAUAUUGAAACAGAAAUAGAGAAUGUGGUAAUAAUUGAAGAUGAUUUGGAUGCGGCAAACAGUGAGAAAGAAAACUUGUCGGAAAAGAGUGAAGAAAUUAUUGGUCGUCAACCUACUAAACCAGAGAAUCAUGAACAACAUCCAAAGAAGCGUGUUGCUUUGGCUUCAGAGACAUCUAGGCAACAGCAUUCUUCCCAUCGUGGUCGUAAUAGUCGUAAAGAUCAUCGACGUAUUACUUCAUCUUCCGAAGAUGAAGACUAUGUAUCUGAUGAUAUUGACGACGAUAGUGAACCCGGUCAGCGAAGGAGGCAUUCACAAACCUCAGCUACUGGUUCACGAAGGCGUGGUACAAAGGAUGACGACCAUACUAUUAAUUAUGAUGAAUAUGUUACUCCCGUUCAAGCAAAUACUAUUGCGAAUACAAUUCAAACAUUUCUAACAAGGGUUCUUCAAAUUGCUAUUCGUCUUAUUGAAGAACCAGAAAUAAUGAACGUAAGCGAUGAAGAAUUUCCUCUUUCAGAACAUAUGCAAGAUGCAGUGUCUCGCAUAUUAGGAGAUGAAAAUGCUACGUUUUAUCGUAGAUUUGAUAAUCGAUUCGAUUCAAGGCGAUUAGACGUAGGUGUAAAUUCAGUCAUGAUGGGAAUUGGCGAAUACGAUGAUUCAAGUGAUAUAAUUGCAAUGGAACAGCCUUUCAUGUAUGCUUGGUACCUGUUCCCAAUUCCAAAGUUGGAACCACGUAUAUCCCAGUACCAAUACGAAGCAAUAAAUACGUUCGUCAGUAAUGGUGGAUUGGAUGCGGUUCUUCGAGCUCUAGGUUAUGUCGAUGAGACGACGCGACCGAUACGAACCAGUACGCAUCGCUUUAACAACCUUGAUUUGAAAGACGUUCAUGGUGUGAUCAGAAUGAUCCAUAAGAUUGGCCCAUACGUUCCGAAUAAUGUGGACUUUAGACAAAUUGUAAUGAAAGUUGCAAAUUGUGUAUAUGAUCAAAUUAUAAACAUACCUGAAGAAUGGCUCGUCCGUCAAGAUAAAAAAUUAAUCCCUAAUAUUGUUCACAUGGUUACUUCCAUGAUAUUAAAUUUGCCUUCAUCCGUUACUGAAGUACCUGACGAACAACAAGUUAUUAGGAGUGCUCAAUUGAAAAUUGAUAUCGCAGCUCGUUUAUUGAAGACUUCAAGAUUAGACUUGCGGUUAUCAGGUUUAAAUGAAAUUAAAGAAGCUCUUAUUUUAGGUUUAAAACAAGCAAGAGUGCUUAAAAAGAGCAAGCGUAGAGGAAAUGCUCGGAAAAGAAGUUUAAGCGUUGAUGGCGAAGACGAUGUUAUUCAAAUGGAUGAAGAAAACCCUUCCGAUAAAAUCCAUCGUGUGCUUAAUGAAAAAUUAAAGGAAUAUGCAAUUUUAGAAUACAUAUUUGGAUCCAAUAUUCAUUUGGAAAUUGUGCAGCGGUGUACUGAUAUUUUAACUUUUAUGAUACAUACUCGUACAUUAACAACUCAUGAGUUGGAUAUUGUUUGGUCACCAAUUGAUGGGAAUCAACAUCGUAGCAUAAUUCAUGGUGUUUGUCAAGUACUAAUCGAUAUUUCUGAUUCAUUGAAUCAGGAGCAAAGAAAUUAUUUGUUUCAAAAGCUAAUGAAAAUGCCCAUGAGUUUUAUUGAAACGCAAACAUAUCUAUUAAUAAGAACAUUGGUACAAUCUACAAUGUCCUGUGUAAGAGUAGGAGGAAUGAUUAUGGGACAAUAUAUUUCUUUUGAAGCUCAUCGAAUAUUAUGGCGUAUACUCUGUGAUUCUUCCAUUCCUGUACCAGUAUUAAUGAAUGCUGAAGUGUUAUCACCAACAGCUGGAUCUCCUACUUCAUCUAUAUCGACGAUUGAUCCAGAAAUUACACAAAAUGCUUGUGCUGUUCUAACAGAUUUACUUCAGGGUGAUACUCGCCAGGAAGAUCGUAAUGCACUUUUAAAUAUGUGCAUCGAUUGUUUGAAGAGGCAUGAUCCGGGAACAGUAUGGGCGUUAAGAAUAUUAACAAGGAUCAUUUCUCCUCCAUUUCCUAAUCCGCCGACAACUACAAGCGAAUAUCUUCAACGUUUAAUAACUGAAGUGAAUCUUCCACGAUUAUUUUUGGAUGAUUUAGAGCAUUGGACGAAAACUGUAAAGGCUUGUGCUGAUAGAAGCUAUAGUUCAUUUAGCAUGGAUCUUGAUCGUAAUUCACCAGUUACUGCCACUUCAUCAACAAUUUCACUCUCUCCAUCAAAAGCAGCUAUAUUAAGAGACCAGUUGAUUUCGCGAUUGCAAUUCUUACAAUGGGUUGCAAACUAUGAAACCAUUCCAUUCUUUAACUCGACAGCUCAGACUGAUGUAAUUUGGAAUUGUUUAAUUGUUGAUCCAAUUGGCAAACAGGAACAAGAUGAGGCAUUUUCAUAUUUCGAUCAUAUAAUAGAAUAUGAUCAUUUUACAAAUCAUUUCUUUAAUGAUCGUUUACCCGAGUUGGAUGUCAGAUUUUUAUCUGAUCAAGCAUUCAAGUACGCAAAAAAUUGUUUACUUAAAGUUAAUGCGAAAAAUGGAAGGCUACGUUCGACAUCACCUAACCCUCAAUCACAGAAUCAGCUUAGCAUUAUUGUACAAGGUGAUCUUAUUGGAAUCGACUUAAUAUGGGAUAUUGCAUUACGCGCAGAAGAGGAAGCUGUUGGCAACGAAGCCAUUGUCUUCUUGAGUUGUGGUUACACAUCGUUGAUCUCUGAAUUUACUCUUCAGACGGAUAAAAAAUUGGAAAACCACAAUAAUCUUGCGCGCCAACAUCGCGAGGCUUUGGUGGACAAAUGUGUUGGACAUCUUUUCUCUGCUGCUAACGGUUUGUCUCGAUCUCUUGCCUUCUCGACAGUGGAUAGUAGUGAUAUUACCAUGUCGCGUAAUGAAGAUAGGCAAGAUAUGAUGGAAAAUGACGGUAUCAUAUCUAACGAAAUCCAAGCUUCAUCGUUAGAUAAUCAAGUUUCAAAUGCUUUAAAAUUCAAGAGGUGUCUCGAGGUGUUGAAAUCUUUUAUGGACUUAUUUGAUACUAAAUACAGUGAUUCUCCAAUGGACCUUAACAUCGUGAGAAAACAUAGCAUGCUUAAUGAGGCAGAAAUGAUUACCGUAAAGGUUACAAUAACACAUGCGGGUGCAAGCCGUGGUUUCGAGAUUCAAAUUCACCCUACUGAAACCAUCUUAUCAUUAAGACAAAAAAUUGCUUCACGUGUGGGAUCUACCCGACCUGGAAUGAUCAGGUUAAUCACAUCAGGAAAAGAAUUAAAUGCUGAUCAAAAUGGGAUGACCCUGAAAAAAUUAAAAGUUGUUGAUCGUCAGUCUUUUAUGGCAAUGAAGCGCAACACAGAUGUAAAAAAUGGUUUGGAUUCCGACAAAACUGGAGACACUAUUACACAGUCAGAUCUACCAAUUAAUAUGCUUUCGAAGUAUAUUGAUCAGUUCUUCUUGAUGCUAGAACUCGAAGAAACUUAUUCAUCACAGAUAUGGGACCUUCUUAUGCGACUUCCUACGCACAUGAAGUCUAUGGACGCGUUGAAAGUUCUUGACAUACCAGUGAAAUGGCAAGAACUAUUUGUUAAUCGUUCUCCGUUUAGAUUAUUAUAUUCUUUGCAAAUCUUAAAUUGGCUUUUAAGAGAUGGAGAUGAAACUCAAAGUGGACCAGAGUGGAGUAUGCGUUUUGUAGAAAACGGUGGACUUGAAUAUUUAUUAUCAUUACUUAUAAUUCGAGAUGCUUCUGUAAAUGAUGACUGUGAGAACAUAAUAAAUAGCCAACAAAACAGUGUCACUAAACGUGCUUGCCUUGGUCUUUUAUUAAAGGUUAUUAGCUACUUUGCAGUUGAUAAUUCAUCUGUGAGCUCAAUAGUUUUCCAACAACUUGAUUCAAAAGUUUUAAUAGCAAAAUUGAUUAAUAUUAUCAGACAAUGUGUAGAUCCUUCCCAAAAACAAGUUGGAGAAGAUCUUACGAUCAUUCGUUAUUCUAUGAAGCUUUUAUCGUGCUUGUGUUUACGUGAUACUUCAGCUUUAGCUUGCUUUGUUGAAUAUUCUGAUUUGCGUGAAUGGUUAAUAACGGCACUAGUGGCAUGUGAAUCUGAAGAAGCUAGAAAUCUAGUGUCCCAAAUGUUGCUUCAAUUUUGUAAAGACAUUGCAGAGAUUACAGUAUCAGAUCAAAUCCCUGCUUCUCUUGAAUCGUUCCUGUCAUUAUUAUGGUCAUUCUUGCCGGACGUGGAAAAUUAUGUUGACAGUAGUAAAGAAUAUUUUGAGUUGAUGGGAAAUUUAAUGCAUUUUAUCACACGGUCUGCUCGCGUUAGCUUACAGACAUUAUAUAAGGACAUCAAACGACAAAUUAAGGAACAUCCAAUUAAAGAACAAUUCAAUUCUCCUAAUGAGGAUACUGUGAUUGUUGGCUUAAUUAAAUUGAUGACGAUCAUUGUGUCUAAACACCCAGAAUUUAAACGUUAUACUGGUGAUCUGUUACUCGAUUUAAUAUUUCACGAAUGUCUAUUUCAAGUUCCCACCAUUGAGCACGCUGGUUUAUGCUUACCUCCAAAAUGUAAACUCGAAGUUUCAAGAAAUGCCGCACUUGAACUUUUGAAUCAACUUGUAAAAGAAUGUCCAGAAAACUUCCUGCGUAUAACUGAAUUAUACUUAAAGCAAUUGGAUAGAGGCGAACAAUUAAAUGAUAAUUGGAAUUAUUGCCCUAGAACAGCUCAAAAGGCCUCAGCUGGCUAUGUUGGAUUACAGAACCUUGGUGCUACUUGUUAUGUUAAUUCAAUUGUACAACAGUUUUACAUGAACACUUCUUUCCGACAAAGUUUAUUUACUGCACCGGUUCUUGAUGAUAAUAAAGACGAAAGUCUUCUCUAUCAACUACAAGUUGUAUUUGGUAAUUUGCAAGAAAGCGAAAAGAAAUCUUAUGAAGCUACUCAAUUCUGUCACGCAUAUAAAGAUUAUGAUGGACAACCAUUAAACGUAGCACUUCAGAUGGAUGUCGAUGAAUAUUUUAAUGGACUGUUUGACCGAUUGGAAAAUAGUGUCUCGGGAACUCCUCAAGCGAUGCUUCUUAAAGAACAUUUUGGAGGUGCAUUAGUUCAGCAAAUUAAAUCAAGAGAUUGUGGUCACAUAUCAGAAAAGGAAGAGUCAUUUUACGCUAUAAGUUGUGAAGUAAAAAAUAAGAAAAAUGUUGAAGAAAGUUUGGAGCUUUACGUUGAAGGCGAAUUAUUAGAUGGAGACAAUCAAUAUUUCUGCACAAAGUGUAACAAACCUGUUGAUGCUAUAAAACGAUCUUGUAUAAAGAAGCUUCCUAAGAAUUUAAUUAUGCAUUUGAAACGAUUUGACUUUGACAUGGAAUUGUUAAAACGUGUCAAGAUCAAUGAAUAUUUUGAGUUUCCAACAAACAUCAAUAUGGAACCAUAUACAUUGGACUAUUUGAUUAGGAAAGAAUCAGGACAACUCGACGAUAUGAAAUUUGAUGUUAUUAACAAAGGUCAAUUUGAAUAUGAGUUGGUUGGAGUUUUGGUACACACCGGUACCGCGGACUCUGGUCACUAUUAUUCAUUCAUUAGGGAAAGGAAACCUUUAUACAAUGAUACAAGUUAUGAGCGCAGAUGGUAUCAAUUUAAUGAUUCCAAUGUUGAGAUAUUUGAUCCAAAAGAAAUUCCUAAGCAAUGUUUUGGAGGACCAGAAUACGUAAUGCAAUGGGAUCCGACUUCUCAAAAGAACCUUCCUAGAAUGUUUGCAAGACAAUACAAUGCAUAUAUGCUUUUUUAUGAAAGAGUUGGUGAUCAAGACAUUUUAGAGUCAAAAUCAACAUCGCAGGACCAAGUUACCAAGGUACCUGUCGAUAUAUAUAGUUCUAUUUGGGAAGAAAACAUUGGUUUCCUUCAGGAUAAAAACAUCUUUGAUCCGGGUUACUUUCAACUAAUGUGGUCGGUUCUUCAUUCUGUUAAUUUCGAUGAAAAAUCUAAAGUCACUUUGAAUGGUAAAGAAAUUGAUUUAGUUCUUCGGACAAUUCAACUCUCCACUGAGUUUGUACUCGGAAUACUUUCACGUGCAAAAGAUAAUCACGUACUAAAGGACUGGGUGGAAUUUCUUAAAACCUUAUUUCAAAAACAUUUACUUGGAUGUCAAUGGUUUAUUGGUCGACUUAUCGAUAAUAAUCCAUUUUACAUUCAACAAAUUCUUAUGUCUUGUUUUAUUCAAGAUGUUCGAGAACAGGUUCUUGAUUUGAUCAUGUUUGUUUUGAGAACUCUUCGCAACGGAGAUCCAAUAGCUUACGGUUUACAAACUAUACAAACUGUGAUUAUUGACAAUGAAGACAGUCCAGACUCCUCUAUGAAUUUAGAUUCAACUCAAGCUCAAAUUUGUAACCCCAAAGGUUUAAUCGUUCAAUUAUGCGAGUCUUUGCUUUAUUUAUUACCUUCCGCACACAUGUGGUGGAGAAACUUUGAACAGUAUUUCUAUCUACUGUCAUAUAUCGCUUGCUCUGGUAUGGCGGAACGUAUUUAUAUGAUUAAGCGAGGAUUUAUUGGAGAAUUAGUUAAAUUAUUCUUAUUGGACGAAUUAUCUCCAUUAAAAUCUCGUAAACGAAGAAUGGGUGAUAAAUUUUCAUUACCCCCCUUUCGAUAUUUGUUGACAACUUUACGUACUCUCUUAAAAACGUGUGAUGUUGUAAAUAUAGCUAGUGGUAGGGAGUUAGAAAGGGAACGAGAUCCUUCCUCUUUAACAGGAAUUCAAACUCCAUUAAGAUUAAGUGAAUCUGAAUCUGGAUUAAUUUUUGAACGUAAUGAGUCUGAAGAUCAGUACAUAUUCUUUAUGAAACAAAUUAGAGAUCUUACUGAUAAUGGUUCAUCUCGAGAAAUCUUCCAGCACUUUGCUUACAAUAAUGAGGAAGUUUCCGAAGAAUUUAUAAAUCAAUUGAUCCGUGCAGUUGAUACUUAUACAGUUGACCAUGUUCGACCACACCUAGAAAUCAUAUAUUCAUUGACUCAGCUCCAAGAUUCAAUUUCACACGUUAGAAUCGAAUAUAUUAUUACAGAAAUUUUGAAGGAUAUUCAACAUCAUAUUCAGUUAGCAAAGAAUAAUCAGAACUCUCCGCAAAUCGCAGUCGAGUGUCUUGGAUUAAUUGAGGCACUAUGUACUUCUACAGUCGGAACAUAUGUACAACAUGCGUUCUUCAAUUUCAUGGAUGAUUGGUUACUUGAAUACCUUCUGAUCAGUCCAUAUGAAAUAGUUAGACAACGUGCCGAAGAACUAUUUUCUCUAUUAAUAUUCCGUAAACUGGAUGAAGCUCAAGGAGAUCAAGCGCAAAAAGAUGCAUAUAAAUCAAUGAUAAAGCAUUAUAACAUGAUGCUUAAGCAUAUGGACAAUUUUGAACAAUAUUGGAAAGCGACACACAAUAGGAGAGGAGCUGAGCCUUAUGGAUGGAGAUUAAGCAAUAUUUUUAGGUGCAUGACAAAAUGUUUGAGAUCACAAAAAGAAAAACAAAUGGUAAUAAGAUUCAGUUCUAUUUUCAUUUCAGUAGAUUCUGCCAGGAUAGAUUGUGACAUAGACAAAAAGGCAACUCUUCCAAAGUAUUAUGGAUUGCUCUCGAUGGGCUGUCGCCGUUCGCGGGAAUAUCAUAAAAAAUGGAUGGAAGCUCCAAAUUAUUAUUGGGCACUCAGUAGCAUGAUAUUCGGUGACUUUGAUGAUCAUAAAACUGAUGAAUUGCUCGAGUUGAUGAAAUUCAGUGCUGACGAAUCGUCAAUGUUUAGAUCGAAAGUUUGGGAGCAUGUAUUCCCAACAUUAGUUAACACCGCAACUCUACCACGUAAAGUUAAUCAAAUUUUAAGACUUGUCCAGUAUUUAAAUAGAGAUUCUAUUGAAGAUUUUUAUUCAUUCUGUAAAUAUCACGGAUUCGAAAUCCUAUCACAGUAUAUACAAGCUAUUAAAGACAAACACCCUAGUGAUGAAAAUAUUCGCAAAUGUCUGGAGGCUUUGAACAUAAAUCUGGGUAUCGCUUUAUUAUAUCAAUCUGAAGAAGGUAUACAUGACUACUUCAAAAGUUGGAAGACAUUAUCAGAUUUUGUGGUCAGUUUCUUGACGUUCCUUCACCCGAACAUAGAUAAUGCAGUUUACGUGAAAGUGUUGGAAAUUCUUUGUAAAUUCGUUUCAAUGAAAUCUACCAUGGACCUCGCAAGUGGCAUUAUGCAAAUCCUUAUCGAAAAGCAUUCACUUUGGCAACGCAGGUUAUCUAAUGUUACUCAAGAAGAAUUACAGGUGAAGUUUGGAGGAAUCCGAUCGAUUUUUACGGAAUUGAAGCUAGUUGACGACGAAUCUGAUACUUAUAGCGUUUCGCCACCAUCUGGACCUUCAAUUCACGUUUAUAAGCCAUUCUUAACCAAGUUACGAGCUGAGGAUUUACUUCGACUACAUCAAAAUAUAUAUAAACCUUAUUUGAUGUUCAUUAAGAAAUUGAUCGAUGCUGCAACCGAAUUAAAGGAAUAUAACAAAAUUAUCCAAUUAUGUUCGUUGAUUUUCCUGGAGAUGGAAAUUAAAGAUGACUAUAUAUUUAAUGUACUAUUAAAUUUAUAUGAAAAGAACUCAAACAAAGAGAUUGUAAUAAACGCUUAUCGCAAUAUAUACUUUGCAAUGUUGGUUGAAAGUAUUUUGAAUUCGGAUUCACGUUUAAUCUUGAAUCUUUCGCCGGAAAAAUUGAAGUUAUUCAAAUCAUUGAUUCUUAUUGUAAAGUCAAGUAAACCGGAUAUGAUUCAACCGAUAAUUUUGAAACAUAUUCAACAACUUGCAGCUAAUGCUAAAGUCCUAAAAGAGAAAAUUGAAGCUAAAGAUUCAGCUUCAAUUAGUGAAAUUAUUCAAGAACUCGUUAUGAUUCUUCAAGUUUUAGUACUUACAUUAUCUGACAAUUUUCUGCCAGUUGAUGAUCCUCUUAGACAAGCCUAUUUAGAUAGCUUAAAAGAAAUAGAUUCAGAACAGGUUAAAAGUGAGCUUGGACAAUCUGAAGAAUUGGCAAAAUUAGUUAAUAAGAUGAAUUUGUUGCUUGGUCAAUUGACACAUCAAAAAUGUGACGACGAUUUUGAGGUAGUUGAAAAGACUGAAAAUGAUGUGGUUAGCAAUGAUGAAAAUAAUAAUGGUAAUUUUGCUUAA